UACUUCCAGAAUAGUAUUCAUUCCAUGUUCACAUUUAAUACUGUUUAUUUGUACGUAUGCAGGUAAUACUUUAAAAUAUGUCUCAAUACAGAUUAUUAAAUGCUAUUGCACGUUCUUCGCGCAUAAAUAAAAAUUUUAUAGUUCAAACAGGAAUGUAUCAGACAAUUAGAACUCUUGCUACUGCAGGAAGCUCAAAACAUUUGAAAUAUAAAGUCAUAGACAAUGUAGCUGUGGUUACUAUAGAUUCUCCAGGAGUCAAGGUAAAUACAAUGAAUUAUGAAAUAAUGAAUGAACUUUCAAAUACCUUAAACAAUAUACAAACAGAUUCUGCUGUGAAUUCUGUAGUUCUUAUAAGUGGAAAACCAGGUUGUUUUAUUGCUGGUGCAGAUAUUACUAUGAUACAAGGUUUUAAAAGUAUAGAAGAUGGUUAUAAUGCAUCUAUAGGAUGUUACAGUAUUUUGAAUGCAAUAGAACAAAGCCAAAAACCAAUUGUAGCUGCAAUUCAGGGCAGUUGUUUAGGAGGAGGUUUAGAGCUUGCACUGGCUUGUCAUUAUCGAGUAGCUACCAAUGAUCCAAAAACUAGUUUAGGUUUACCAGAAGUAAUGUUAGGUCUGUUGCCUGGAGGAGGAGGCACUCAAAGAUUACCUCGAUUAACAGUACUUCCUAAUGUAUUAGAUAUGGUUCUUACUGGUAAACAUUUGAAAGCAGAUAAAGCUAAAAAAUUUGGAAUAGUAGAUAUUUUAGUAAAUCGUCUUGGUCCAGGGGUUGAAACAUCAGAAAAAAACUCUAUGAGAUAUUUAGAAGAAACUGCUGUUAAAGCUGCAAAAGAUAUUGCAAAUGGGACUCUGAAAAUUAAUCGUGGUCCUAAAACAUUGGCUGACAAGGUUACGAACUAUGUUCUUUCACUUAACUUUGUCAAAGAUCAAGUAUUCAAAAAAGCAAGAGCACAAGUGAUGAAAAUGACUGGAGGCUUGUAUCCUGCUCCACUCAAGAUUUUAGACGUAGUACGCACUGGUUUAGAUAAAGGUCCAGUUGUUGGCUAUGAAGCAGAGGCUAAAGCUUUUGGUGAAUUGACAAUUACACCAGAAUGUAGAGGUCUUACAAGUUUAUUUUUUGGACAAACAGCAUGUAAAAAGAAUCGCUUUGGUACACCUAAAAGUGCUAUUAAGAAACUUGCUGUUGUUGGUGCUGGUCUAAUGGGGGCAGGUAUUGUUCAAGUUAGCAUAGACAAAGGCUUUGAGGUAGUUAUGAAAGAUACAAAUGAAACAGGUUUAUAUCGAGGUAUCAAUCAAAUACAGAAGGGAAUGGAUAAUGCUGUAAAGAGAAAAAAGUAUUCGACUCUUCAAAAAGAUAAAUACUUUUCCCAGCUUGAUGCCACUUUAAAUUAUAAUUCCUUUAAAAAUGCAGAUAUAGUAAUUGAAGCUGUAUUUGAGGAUAUUGCAAUUAAACACAAAGUUAUAAAGGAAAUCGAAGCAAGCACGCCAGGGCAUUGCGUACUUGCAACGAAUACGUCAGCAAUUCCUAUUACUGAAAUAGCUGCUGGAAGUAGUCGUCCAGACAAAGUGAUUGGAAUGCACUAUUUCUCUCCGGUAGAUAAAAUGCAACUAUUAGAAAUAAUAACGCACAAAGGAACAUCGACCGAAACUAUUAAAACUGCGGUUGAUGUUGGUUUAAAACAGGGUAAGACAGUUAUUACCGUUGGAGACGGUCCAGGAUUCUAUACCACAAGAAUUCUGUCUGCUAUGUUAUCUGAAGCUAUUAGAUUAAUGCAGGAAGGUGUGGAUCCAAUGGAUCUGGAUAAUUUGACAAAAAAAUUUGGAUUUCCUGUUGGAGCAGCAACCUUAUCCGAUGAAGUCGGAAUUGACGUUGGUGCUCAUAUAAGUGCUCAUCUUGUAAAGGUUUUAGGCGAACGUUUUAGAGGUGGAGAUGUAAAUAUACUUGGUGAUAUGGUUAAAGCUGGUUUCCUUGGCCGAAAAUCUGGGAAAGGUAUAUAUGUAUAUGAAGCCAAUACGAAACACAGAAAUGUUAAUCUUGGAGCGUUAGAUAUUUUGAAGAAAUAUAAACUUGAGCCAAAAGGAAGUGUAUUAGACGAAGAUCGUCAAUUAAGAAUGGUAUCUCGAUUCGUUAAUGAAGCAGUGCUUUGUUUAGAAGAAAAUAUAUUGGCUAAUUCAUUGGAAGGUGAUGUUGGAGCUGUUUUUGGACUAGGUUUCCCUCCAUUUACUGGUGGACCUUUCCGUUGGGUAGAUCAUUACGGAGCCGGUAAAUUAGUGAAUAAAAUGGAGGAAUAUCAAAGUAAUUAUGGCGAUGCUUUCAAACCGUGCCAGAUGUUAUAUGAUUUUGCAUCAGAUCCAAGCAAAAAGUUCCAUAAACAAUAAAUAAAACUUAAAACUAAAUAGUUCCAGUAUAUACAGCAUCCAAACUUGAAAACUAAAUGGUUGAGAUUUUGAUGCAUUUAUAAUAAUGGCAUGAAUGGCGAUCAUAAUGUUUAAAAAUACUAUAUUUUUCUAUAUACUUAUAUAUAUACAUAUUAAG